AUGAGCAUCUUGCAGUUUGUUUGUUGCAGCAGGAACAAUCAAGCAGACUAUCUUAAUGUCACAGAUCAUCGGCUACAUCAGCUCAUACAGCACACAGAAAGUGAUGCAACUUUGCAAGCACUGAAGUCUAUAGUUCUAAAGGGGGGGCCAGAUGAAAAGGAAUAUUGUGAAGGAAUAUUGGUCCUUCAGAGACGAGAUCAGCAUACAAAAUGGUAUCUUGUACAAAGGUCCAAGGGUCAUAGUGCCAAAGUCACUAAGAGCAGAGAUGUUAUUGCGCAUACACUUAAGCCACAUCGGAGGUGAGGCUUGCUACAGACAAGCUUGUGAUACUCUUUACUGGCCAAACAUGCAAGGUGAAAUCAAACACUUUGUCAGCAAUUGUCCCACUUGCAAUGAAUAUGCACACUUGCAACAAAAAAAAACCAUGAUGUCACAUGAGAUACCUACACGUCCUUGGCAGAUUGUUAGCAUGGACUUAUUCAACUAUGCUGGAAAAGAGUAACUGCUCUUAGUCGAUUAUUACUCAGACUUCUAGGAAAUUGAACUGCUUCCUGACCUGUCCACUGAAACUACAAUUAAGCGAUGCAAGGCACAAUUUGCACGUCAUGGCCAACCAACUAAAGUGAUUUCUGAUAAUGGUCCUCAGUUUGCAAGUUUACAGUUCAGGAAAUUUGCUACUGAAUGGGAGUUUGAGCAUGUGACUUCUUCACCACGUCAUCCACAAGCUAAUGGCAAAGCUGAAUCUGCUGUGAAAAUAGUGAAGACCCAUGGAUGGUAAAGACCUAUGGAAAGCCAUCUUACAUUAGAGAAACACUCCAACAGAGGGUAUGGAUAGUAGUCUGGCACAGAGACUGAUGUCAAGGAGAUUAAAGACCUCCUUACCAGUAGCCAACAAGCUACUUGAACCCUCUGUGAUACAAGGUGUACCAGAAAAGUUAUGACUUAAGAGGCAAGUGUUCAAGGCUAGAUAUGACCCAUCUGCUAGGGAUUUACCAUAACUGAAUAUUGGGGAACAAAUCUGUAUGAAACCGCUUCCUGUGGAUCGAACAGGUCGCUGGAGAAUGGGAACCUGUCUGCAAAAGGUUGCACCACGUUCUUAUCUUGUGGAUAUCGAAGGAACUCAUACCAACGCAAUCAUGCGGAUCUGCAAGUGGCCGAGAAGCCCGAUUCUCAAUAUCCAGUUGACAAGCCAGACACACCUGGUAUUCCAAGGACACACUCACAUGUCGGCAGUGAAGAGUGUACAGAAGUGAUACCACAGACUAGUACUAAUGACAGCCCUGAGCAAGCAGGACUUGACAGCAGUCAAGUUCAAAGCAUGCCAGUAAGUGGUGGGAAGAGUCUAGUAACCUCAGAGAGGGCUAAAAGACUAUUUGCACAACCUGAACCAGUCUUCACUCGUAGUGGCAGACAUUCACAACAACCUGAGAGACUGAACCUCUAA